AUGCUCCCAGUCGCCCUAUACUUGGGUUGGCACUGCCGGUUCCAGCUGGAAAGCAACAUCCCUUUCUUCUGGCACGAUGCCCACGCAAGCAACUUGCUUCUGAAUGCCAUGUUCUACGUGAUCGUUUUAUUCUAUCUGUUUCCAUUGCUUCUGCAUGGAUCCGCGCAGCAACUCGUUGAGACCUUGCUUCUGAAUGUUGCUGGAUACUUUACCGUUUACCUGCCGCUCAUGGACAAUAUCUUCCUGCCCACGAUCUUGAUCACCGUCUACGCAGUCAUCGCAUCAGCUUUGAUUGUAAUGUCUGGGGUGCAACUCACGGCAGGAAUGAGACAGCAGCUGCUCGUCCAGCCCUUCUAUGCAGCCCUGACUCGCUAUGUCGUCUUCAAGCUCGACUGGGCAACGCCUCUCCAAAGGAUGCUUGAGGCUAGCCCGCGGCGGCGGAGAGAGUCAUCCAGCCUCCCUCAGUUUGAAGCGUUGAUCGACAUCGCUGGCCGUCGAGAAGGGCGUCAGAGCUUGCGCAAGGUCUUGUGCAUGUACAGGCUCAGGCAGGACAAGAAGGAAGCGCUCAUCGCGCAGUUCAUCUGGAUGUACCAUGCUAUGACCAUCUGGCAACUGCCUCGAUUCGCACUCCAGGCCAUCUUUGAGUUUCUCGAUUCUGCGGACGGCGCCUUCCCAGCCUAUCCUGAACCGAUCGGCUCACCCACGGUUGUUUCGAGCAUCGGAGGUGGUGACUCUCCUGUCACUUCGGCGAUGUCUUCGGUUGGCUUUCUUCGGCAGCGCAUCUUCGAUGCCAUCUCCCGUAUGGACUAG